GGACUUCAACGUCUUCAUGGACAGGGGCGUGUAUUACAAUGAGAAGCUGGAUCCCUUGUCGGCCAAUCUGUUCUUCAUGGAGGGCCAGAAGUGGAGGAAUUUGCGCGCCAAGAUCUCCCCAACAUUCACAAGUGGGAAGCUCAAAGUCAUGUUCCACACAGUGUCGGCGGUGACUGAGGAACUCCUGGGAUUCAUUGAGGAACGCCUGGAAGUGUCUGUUGGUGGGAAAUGCCUGGAGAUCAAGGAUCUCAUGUCCAGAUUCACCACAGACAUUAUCGGCACCAUUGCUUUCGGUAUUAGCUGUGAUAGUCUCCACAAUCCACAGUCUGAGUUCAGGAAGAUGGGCAACAGGAUCGUCAACACCACCAAGAGCCGAGCCAUUACCAUGUUCCUGGGCAUGGUCAAUCGAGGCCUCGCUCGGAAACUCAAUCUCAGAUUCAUAGACUCUUCAGACGCCUCAUUCUUCAUGGACGUCAUCCGGCAGACCAUCUCGCAGCGAGAACAGCAGGGCACGAAGAGGAACGACUUCAUGGACCUCAUGCUUCAGCUGAAGAACAAAGGCAAACUGGACGAUGACGGUGAGGAGACGGGAGGGCUGUCUUUUGAGGAAAUUGCCGCUCAGUGCUGGAUUUUCUACUUUGCCGGCUUCGAGACAUCCUCAACCACCAUAACAGUUGCCCUGCAUCAGCUCUCGCAGCAUCAGGACUUCCAGGAACGUGCCAGAGAGGAAGUGGAACGUGUUCUGGAAAAGUACGGCGGAAAAUUCACGUACGAAGCUGUGAUGGAAAUGGAGUUCCUCGGUCAGAUUGUAAAUGAGACGCUGCGGCUUUUCCCACCGGUCGGAACGAUUCACCGUAUCUCAAAUCAGGAGUAUCGCCUCCCCAGCGGCGCCGUCAUGCCCAGAGGCACAUUCGUCGUCAUCCCCAAUAUGGCCUAUCAGUACGACGAGGAAAUCUUCCCCGACGCCCAGCGCUUCGAUCCAGACAGAUUUCGGGACGAGGCCCGGGGCGAGCGCCACAAUUUCGCCUUCAUCCCCUUCGGCGAGGGUCCCAGAAUCUGCGUGGGGAUGCGAUUUGGGUUGCUCGUGGUGAGAAUCGCCCUGGCGCAAAUCCUCAGGCAAUACAGACUCACGCUCAAUGAGAAAACUAGUGCCGAAUUGGAAAUUAAUAGCACGGCUUUCGUGCACACGCCCAAGAACGACAUCUGGCUCAAUCUUGAGGCCAUUCAUUUAACGAUGAGUGGAUUUGAUAUUCUUCUACUUCUUGUGGCGGUGAUUUUCCUCGGCGUUUCAUAUUUUAAGCGAAAGUAUCGGUAUUGGGAAGAUCGCGGAGUGCCUUACAUAAAGCCCAUCUUCCCCAAAGGAAAUAUCGGAACAAUGGGAAAGACUGACCACUUCUUUGAACUCUCCAAAAAGUUCUACCUUGAACUCAAAGGAGAGGGCAGAUUAAUUGGUGGAAUAUACUUAGUUGUGCGACCUGCGGCUCUAACACUGGACUUGGACUUUGUGAAAACAGUGCUUGUGAAGGAUUUCCAAUACUUUCACGAUCGCGGCUUGUAUGUGAACGAACGAGAUGAUCCGCUUUCUGGUCAUUUACUCACAAUUGAAGGCGAAAGAUGGAAGAAUUUGCGAUCGAAAUUGUCACCGACCUUCACGAGUGGCAAAAUGAAGCUCAUGUUUCCUAUUAUGAUGGACAUCUCGGAGAAGUUUAUCACACGCUUGAAUGAGGAACUUGUGGAAAACAGUAAUUUAGAGCUCGGAGAUUACUUAUCUCGCUUCACAAUUGACAUAAUUGGUAGCUGUGCUUUCGGCCUGGAUUGCAACAGUCUCAAUGAUCCAGACGCAGAGUUUCUCGCGAUGGGAAAGAAAGCUUUGACUAAUUCGGGCGGUCGAGCAAGAGCUGCAAAGAGACUGUUUAUCACGAGUUUCAGAGGAUUGUCGAAGCUUUUGCGACUGCAAUUGACUAGGAAAGAUAUAACAGAUUUUUACACGAGAAUUGUGAAAGAAACCGUGGCUUAUCGUGAGAAUGAGAACGUCAAGAGGGAUGAUUUCUUGAAUCUCUUGAUACAGUUGAAGAACAAAGGAAAACUCGAUGACGACCCAGGAAAAGACAUCGGGAAAAUCACUCUUAAUGAAGUCAUUUCGAAUGCUUUUCUCUUCCUCUUGGCCGGUUUCGAAACCUCUUCGACCACCAUGAAGUUCUGCCUGCUGGAAUUGGCCAAUGCAAUUGAGAUACAAGAUCGUCUUCGCGAAGAGAUAAAGACAGUUCUCGAGCGAUACGACAACAAGAUUACUUACGAGGCCUUAUCAGAGAUGAAAUAUUUAGAUCAAGUAAUUAAUGAAACACUCAGAAAGCAUCCAGUUGGAGGACUUCUGGUUCGAUCCCUGAAGGAUGACUACAAAGUCCCAAAGAUGGAUGUUGUUUUGGAGAAGGGAACUCAGCUGUUUAUCCCCGUUUUGGCCAUCCAUCACGAUCCAGACAUUUAUCCUGAUCCUGAUAAGUUCGAUCCUGAGCGAUUCACACCCGAAGCUGUGAAAUCUCGCCAUCCUUACGCCUUCCUGGCAUUCGGCGAGGGUCCGAGGAAUUGCAUAGGCAUGAGAUUUGGGAUGAUGCAGACGAAGAUUGGGAUCAGUUGUCUCCUGAUGAACUACAAGUUCUCGCCCUGCGCCAAGACUAAAUAUCCCAUUGAGUAUAUGAAAUCCAGUGCCUUGUUGUCUCCCAUCGGCGAUUGUUGGUUCAAAGUGGAUAAAAUUGUAGAAUAAUUAAGAAGUAUGAAUGAAAAGGGUUUUUUUUAGUAUUCUCAACUGCGCAUAUAUCAAUUGCAUAUAAUCGCAGUAAUAAAUUAAGCGAAAAGCUGUGUGUGAUUAGAUAUAAUUUCACUGGAACACAUUGAUAAUUUUUUGUACAAAUAAAGUCUCAAAAUUACCA